CCAGUGCAUGCGUAUCAAGAUCCUCGGCGACUGCUACUACUGCGUGUCGGGGCUGCCGGUGUCGCGGCCCAACCACGCCUACAACUGCGUCAACAUGGGCUUGCAGAUGAUCGACGCUAUCAGGUUCGUCCGCGAAGCGACGGGUUUUAACGUGGACAUGCGCAUUGGCAUCCACACCGGCAACGUGCUCUGCGGCGUGUUGGGCCUGCGCAAGUGGCAGUUCGACGUGUGGAGCGAUGACGUCACGCUGGCCAACCACAUGGAGUCCGGUGGCAUUGCUGGGCGAGUCCACAUCACCAAAGCAACGCUGAUGCAGCUGGGCGACAGGUUCGAGGUGGAGCCUGGAGACGGCAUAUCCAGGGAAGGGUACCUGGCCGACCAUAAAGUGGAGACGUACCUCAUCAUUCCGCCUAAGAAACCAGGAGUCUCCGACAACGGCCGCCUCUCGGUCUGUACUGUAGACCGCAAAGCCAGCAUCGUCUCGUCGAUCUACCAGGACGUGUCGCCGACCAAGCACAAGAGCAGCAUCAGUCCAGCGCCUUCCCAGCACAGCUUCAACGAACACGAUGCGUUCCCGAAGGUGCUGAGGACGGAGAGCAUGAGGACUACGCCGGGAGAACUCAGUCGCCGCGCCUCAGUGAAGGUGGAUGGUGGGAAGACAGUCGCCUUCGAAGGCAAUCCUGCCACCAGCCCUGGGGAAGGCAUGGGGAACGGCACAGUCGUCACCGUCAAGCCAAAGAGUCGCAGCGGCUCCAUCAUCGGUGCUAUUAGUCCCAUUAUGGGAACAGCUACCCCUGGGGUGCCAAGCAGAUCUCGCCCUUCGAGCAAAAUGACAAAGUAUGUCGAAUGUUGGGGAGCUGACAAGCCUUUCGCCAAUAUCACUGAUUCCACUCUUGCCAAGAAUAUUGGAAUUUCUAGCUUAGCCAUGAUCGAACAAAACUUAUUGCCACAAAGAACAACGUGCUGUGAAUGCAGCACGACUGCGGAAGGCAUGAACCGCGUGACGCUCUGGUUCAAGAACAAGUCUCAAGAACGAGCCUACCGCGCACAACCCGACGCACAGUUCAAGUAUAACGUCGCGUGCGCAGCCGCGCUCUUCGCGUUACUGGCUACGUUGCAGCUGCUGACCGUACACAGGGGCAUAGUCCUAUACGCAGCCUUCGGGCCGACCUUCAUCACGCUGAUGGUGUUCGUCUACCUCUCCUGGUAUGAUGGCCGCGUGUUCAGGAGAGGGAUGCACCCGCUAUCUGACGUGCCUGAUGACAUUUACGCCGACAACUGUACGAAGCCCGGACAGGUGGUGGCGAGUAAUCGUUUCAUCAGGCUGACAAUGUUCAUUGUAUCGGUCCUACUCAUUGGUGCUUGUGCUGUGAUCAAUUUGUUUCAACCAACAAUGAUCGAAGAAAUACCCAUAUCCAUAAGAAAUGGCUCAGAACAAGUCAACAGCACAUUGAUUAGCGUCACGCCAACGUUGUAUUUUUCUGAAGUGGAUUCAGCUCCUAGCUACCUAUACAGUUCGGUGAUCACGUUGGCGUGUAUUUCGGUAUUUCUGCGCGUGGGCUUCGUUCUCAAGCUGGUCCUUAUGUGCGCGACACUCGCCACUCAUAUCUCCAUGUUCGCUGCUUCGGACCUAUUUGACCAUUACCACGGCCUGGAAUCGGGCAACGAAUUCUCCAUGGUACCAUGGGCGGCUCGCGCAGGCCUAGUAUUGGUGUUCGUAGCGGCCUUACUGCACGUGAUGGAUCGUCAGAUCGAGUUCACUUCGCGCACCGAUUUCCUCUGGAAAGACAAGCUCAAGUUUGAACAGGAGGAGGUGGAAACCAUGCGAGGAAUCAACAAGAUUCUUUUAGAAAACAUCUUACCAGCUCACGUAGCGCAACACUUCUUGACUUCAGUUGCUUCAGAGGAGGACUUAUACCACGAGCGUUACUCCAGCAUCGCAGUAAUGUUCGCAUCGAUUCCCAACUAUAAGGAGUUCUACGACGAGACCGACGUCAACAAGCAGGGGCUCGAGUGCCUGCGUCUGCUCAAUGAGAUCAUCUGCGACUUCGACAAGUUGCUCUUGAAACCAAAGUUCAGCUGCAUAGAAAAAAUCAAGACGAUAGGAAGUACUUACAUGAUCGCGUCAGGACUGAGGCCUGGGAAAGAGGAACAAAUUGACGCAAAUCGUAAAGAAGAACACACGGUAGCCAUUUUAGUGGAGUUUGCGAUCGCACUAAUGACGAUACUGGACCAAAUCAACAGGGAAUCCUUCCAGAGGUUCAAACUUAGGAUAGGUCUGAACCACGGGCCAGUGAUAGCGGGCGUGGUAGGCGCUCAAAAGCCUCAAUAUGACAUCUGGGGGAACACCGUCAACGUGGCCUCACGCAUGGACUCCACUGGCGUCAUGGGCCGCAUACAGGUCACCGAGGACACCGCCAAAGUCCUUAUGAACGUGGGCUACACAUGCGAAUGCCGCGGUCCCACCUACGUGAAGGGAAAAGGCACACUCACUACGUACUUCGUGAAGACUCCCAAUGUCGGCGGCGCGUGAAAUUAACCGAGACGAAAUAUCAGGCGCUAAAAGCAUGCUACAUAGCCUCCUUUCUCCUUCAAAAAAUAGAAUAGCACCACCCCCACGGGUGACUAAUUUUUCACCAUGAAUCCCUAAUUUAUAAGUGACCCCUAUGGUAACACAUAACAGGUUUUUUUUUCAAAGGGUCACUUAAAAAUUAGGGAUUAAGUCGGGCAUAAGGGGUCCAGACUUAGGGGGAUGGGCAGCUGUAUACACCAUGCCAUCACACUUCAGUUUGCCAAGCUUACGUUCAUAUUCACAAACAUUACUAUGAGGUCACAGGGGGACAUACGAACCAAUCACAGAGCUCUGGUCAACGCUGUGCGUUCAUUUGCUGCUUCACUUAAGCAAGCGUCGUUUGUGAAUACGGGCGUUAGAGAUUAAGGCAUAAAGAGCCCCGUCGAAAAAAAAAUUAUAGACACAUAAAUCUUUAUUAAUUUAUUUAAUUUAUAAAAUAAAUGUCUAGGUUCGUGACGCCGUAUUAGAAAAACUAUUAAUUAGAAUCUAUGCUUAUGAAUAG